GAGAGCAUUUUGGACAAGAGAUUGGAAGGGAAUUGGCGAGGGGACGCGUGGUAGAUGCAGACAUCACUUCCCCAUUUUCUCUUAAACAACGCCUUGUAGCUGAUCUUUAUCGCCGUUUCUCUCCCCCGUCCUUCCUCGCCCCUGAACGAGGUAAACCCUAGCUCGCUGGGAAGCCCUAAUUCGACGGGUUCUUCCGCGAUCUUGAGUAUCGCAAUCAAUCUGACUGUCGUAUCGAGGCUUGCGUAAGGACCAGCUGGUUCCAUAGGUCGAAGGGAAAAAAAAUUUCAUUUUGUUUCCCUCUUGUUCUAGCUAUGAAAUAAGGCAGAGAUUUCACUGGAUUCUGAAGCAAAAGAUGCCUCUCGAGCAGGAUAAAGACCAGGAGCCCCACCCUAGCAAUGGCGAGGAUAUGACGGAGGGGCCCGUCAGAUGCCUUAAUUGUGGAAUCAGUGCAAAGCUCACAUGCCAUAUGCGUAGCGGACCAGAAGGACGGAGAACCUUAUGCAAUGCAUGUGGAAUAGCAUGGAGAAAGGGAAAACAGAGGAAGGUUAUUGAUUACGAAUUUCCAAUGACAAACUUAGCAAAUUCCAAAAUGGUGCCUGAAGUUGAUAUGGAAUUUGAAGACGAAGAUAAAGCAUAUGAAUUCUACAAUAGAUACGCUGGAAUGGUAGGAUUUAGUGUACGAAAAGGUUGGAUAGACAAAUCUUCAGAUAAAAUUAUUAGAUCAAGAACUCUUGUUUGCUCGAGGGAAGGAUUCCGUAAAGACAAGAAGGGGGCCAAGGAAGUGAAGAAACCUCGACCAGAAACGAGAAUUGGUUGCCCCGCACGUUUGACCAUUAAACUUACACCUAAUGGUUCAUAUCGGAUUACUGAAUUUGUGCCAGAUCAUAACCAUCAACCUGCACCCCCUUCAGCCAUUCAUAUGUUAAGGUCUCAGAGGAUAUUGACUGAAGUUCAAUCUGGGGAAGCAGAUUUAUCUGAUGAUUCUGGGACUACUCCAAAAUCAGCUCACCACCUAAUGGGCAGACAAGCUUCAGGGUCCCAAAGUGGUGUUAGAUAUUUUCCUGCAGAUUAUCGAAUGAGUCUACGCUCAAAACGUAUGAAGAGCAUGCAGAUGGGAGAUGCAGAAGCUGUAUUGAAGUACCUCCAGAGCAUGCAGCUUAGUGACCCAUGUUUUUUUCAUGCCAUACAAAUUGAUGAGGAUGAUAAGCUGACCAAUUUUUUCUGGGCAGAUGCAAAGUCAAUAUCAGACUUCAACUAUUUUGGUGAUGUAGUUUGUCUAGAUACAACUUACAGGGUUAAUGGAUAUAGUAGGCCAUUUGCACCUUUUCUUGGUGUGAAUCAUCAUAAGCAAAUUGUGAUAUUUGGUGCAGCACUAUUGUAUGAUGAAACUAUAGAAUCAUUCAAGUGGUUGUUUGACACGUUCAAGAUUGCAAUGCACGGAAAACAGCCAAAGACCAUCCUGACUGACCAGUCUAUGUCAGAAUACAAUGCUAUAAGAGCAGCUUGGCCAGGUACCAGCCACCGCCAUUGUAUCUGGCAACUUUAUCAAAAUGCCAUUAAGCAUCUUAAUAAUGUGUUCCAAGGUUCAAAAACAUUUGCCAAGGACUUUGCAAGGUGUGUAUAUGACUAUGAGGAUGAAGAAGACUUCUUGUCAGCAUGGAGGACAAUGAUAGAUAAAUAUGAACUAAGAAAUGAUGAGUGGUUGGCAAACCUGUUUGAAGAUAGAGAGAAAUGGGCCUUGGCAUAUGGUCGAGAAACUCUCUGUGUUGAUAUGAAAAACACACUGCAAAAUGAAAAUUUUAGUUCACUGAAGAAGUACUUGACUCCACAGCUUGACUUCUUCUCAUUUUUUAAGCAUUAUAAGAGGGUGGUGGACGACCAUAGAUAUGCUGAAUUGCAAGCUGAUUUUCAUGCAAGCCAAAGUAUUCCAAGAAUACCUCCUUCAAAAAUGUUAAGACAAGCUGCUGCUCUUUAUACUCCUACUGUGUUUGAAAUGUUCCGCAAGGAGUUUGAAGUAUUCAUGGAUUGCAUGCUGUACUUCCAUGGUCAGGAUGGGACUAUAUCAGAGUAUAGAAUCACAGUUGGUGAAAAUUCUAAGGAAUAUAUUGUUAGACUUGAUUCAAUUGAUUGUUCAGUUUCAUGCACUUGUAAAAAAUUUGAGUUUGUUGGUGUUCAAUGUGGUCAUGUAUUAAAAGUACUUGAUGUUAGAAAUAUUAAAGAACUACCACAACGCUAUUUCUUGAAGAGAUGGAGAAGAGAUGCUAAGACUGAAACGGAAUUGGACUCCGGAGGAAUUGCAGUUGAUGGAGACCCAAAGUCUCCUGUACCAACUUUAAUGCAUAUACCUUUCGUUGCUCAACACCAAGGAUCGCAUGUAGCAACUCAGUUAAGUGAGGAUACAGGAAUACCCUACUUCUGAUCUGCAUCAACAACCUUUUCAUGGCAUCACUCAGUUAAGUCAGAUGAAAGAUCAAACUAUCACGUUAUCUGAUCAUAUAGCUGAAUAUUUGCAGAGUCGUGCAGCACCACCGAGUUACAGCAGUUCUCAGUUGAAUGGCUAGAACAACCUAAACUGUGCAUACUCUCAAAAUUAGAGUAAUAUUGUAUGUUCCUCUAUGCUUUGUGUUUUUUUUUUUCAUUGUACCGGCAACUGACAAAGGUUUCCUUAACCACCUUAUUCAAUGGCUAACAAGAAAUUUAUAUUGACUUCUCCAAGAUAUAUAUAUUUUUUUUCUGUUCCUUGUAUAUGUUCUUAGAAAUCCAUGAACUGCGAUCUUCUCAAGGCUAAUUGUACUUUUGAAGUGUGCAAUAAAUUAUGCGGUAUGCAUGUCCAUUCCAGGUAUAGCUCCACUCAUCAGUGCUAUGGUAUCAUAGCUUAAUAUACAGCAUCCUAGGGGAGCUGAUGUUAGCCAUCCUUUUGUUGGGCGACGAUGCGGAGGGCUCCAUUUUUGAUGGGGGAUCUUAGAGAACUGAGAAUUCAAUAUCCAAUACUUUAGCUAAUGCUUACUGAGCAUUGUAUAGUCCGGUGAUAAUAGAGUGAAUCAAGUUUCUGUCUCAAGCCUGUACUCCAUUGUCUGUGUUCUCUAAUGUAAAAGCAUGUUAAUUUGAUGUCAAUUUAAGUUUCAUUUCGAACUAUCUACAUUGCAAUGUAAAAUAAAAACAUGAAUUAUCAUUGUUUUAUCUACACUUCUUUCAAGCCAUUCAAACCAUCAGCUGAUUGACUAGUCAA